AUGCUGCUGCCGCUGGUCACUGCGACAGCCAUCCUGCUCUUCACAUGCCUCUACCGCGAACUCCACCGGAAGAGGUUCAAGCAAUAUGCCAGCUUUCCCCAGAUGCCGACCUCCCUUCUCUUGGGACACCUUAAACAUGUCGAUGACUUCAUUAAAUCGGGCAAGCCAAACGGCCAUCCUGACCUUGCAUUUGCUGCCAUAAACGAGGCACUUGGCCGACCACCCCUCAUGUUUCUUGACCUUCGGCCGUUUGGCCCUCCGAUGGUUGUUGUCAGAAAUCAUGAAGUCGCGGAGCAGAUCGUGAAGCCACUCAAGUCAUACCCUUAUAGUCUCCCAAAGAUGCCUUCGGUCUAUGGUCAUAUGAUGCAUGUGACUGGCCCGACCUCGAUACUGCCUUCUCAGGGUGAGCACUGGAAGCAGCUCCGCAAACAAUUCAACCCAGGCUUCGCUCCGCAGCACCUAAUGACUAUGUUACCUCUCAUCCUGGAAAAGUCCUCCACCUUUAUUGAGCGUUUGGAAGAUUACGCAUCCUCGGACCAACCAUUUUCCCUCAUCCAUCUCACCGGAAACCUGACAUUUGACAUCAUCUCUAGCGUCGUCAUGAACAAAGAUUUCGGAGCGCAGAAAACAGGCCAGCUGAGAGAAUUCAUGAGAACAUACAAUGAGCUAUUCAAGACUUACACAAGCGAACAGAUGGAUCUCCCAUGGUUCUUCACACCACGUACAGAAUGGAAACGCCGGUGUCUUGCCAGGCGGGUGAGGACGACACUCAGUACUGUGGUAUACGAAGCCUUUGCCAACCGACGGAUCACAAACACAAAAUCGCGCAGCAUCCUGUCAUUGAGUCUUCGAGAUGCCGACACACUGACCCAACAGGCCGUCGACGAGGCAUGUGAUCAGCUGAGCACUUUUUUGUUCGCAGGCCAUGACACGACUAGUAUCUUGCUUUCUUGGAUGUUUUACGAGCUUUCGCGGACACCACACGCGCUGCGGGCUGUGCGACACGAAUUGGACGGCUUGUUCGGUUCAGAGGACAAACUUCUCUCACCCGGCGGCCAAGAACUUCUCCACCGCAUGACCUACACCUCCGCCGUGAUCAAAGAGACCCUGCGUCUCUGGCCACCUGCUGGUACCGCACGCCUCACGACGCCUGGGACAGGACUUACAGUAAAGACGGCAACGGGCGAGAAGUAUCCUCUAGAGGGCGUACAUGUCUACAACUGCGCCAUCAUGAUUCAACGUGAUCCAGCGGUGUACGGAGAUUCGGCCGACGAGUUCGUGCCUGAGCGCUGGCUGGACGGUCACGGGGAUCGGAUCCCUCCCGGAGCGUGGCGUGUGAUUGCGCUUGUUGCGAGAUAUUUGGAUUUUGUGAAGGUCGGCAUCGGUGAGCUGAGUGUCGAUGAAAACGGCAAGCCAAUCCUCGAUGAGAAAGGACAUUACAAGGUGACCGAGGAGAUGUACCCGAAAUACCACCCGUUCCCGCUAGGCCCAAGCGAGGAUCUAGAAUGGUAUGAGCCUGGAGGGUUCCACCCGGUCCAUCUUCACGACGUGUAUGAUCUGAGAUAUUCAGUUGUCCACAAACUUGGAUUCGGUGGCUUCUCGACGGUGUGGCUCGCUCGCGACUCUGUUCAGGAUGAACGGGUUGCGCUCAAGAUUCUGGCUUCUGAAAUCUCAAUAGAAAGCACCGCGCGACCAAGCAUCUUAGAGGACGACGAUAUUAAGUCAUCGGCUCUUUUUUCCAUACCUAAACGAGAAUUCUGGAUUGACGGCCCAAAUGGGCGUCACCUGUGUCUUGUUCUGCCCGUUGUCGGCCCCAGUUGCUCAUCGUUGUCCAAAGGGAUCUACUCAACAAUGAAGCCAGCUCUGGCGGCCGACAUUGGUAGACAGGCUGUCAAAGCUACAGCUUUGCUCCAUUCAAAGGGAUUCUGUCAUGGUGACUUGACUGCCGGCAAUUUAACUCUUCAGCUUUCCGAACAAUUUCAAGACUACAAGGAAGACGACAUUCACCGAGCUUUCGGUCGGCCGUUGACCCAUCCUAUUGAAACCUGCUCCGGGAUGCCUGCCGGCCUUAGCGCCCCAGCAUACAUUGUCAAACCUUUGGACUUCUGCGUCACUUCCACGAACCUCUUGACCAGCCGCUUAUGCGUCAUAGACUUCGAUCAGUGCUUUCAAAAAGACCAGCCGCCGGCAAGAAUAGGCACGCCUGCCAUCUAUAUGGCGCCUGAGGUUGCGAUCGGGCAGCUACCUAGCGAGGCGUCUGACAUCUGGGCACUAGGCUGUGUGAUAUUCCGCAUGCGUUCCGCCGACGACAUCUUCCUCGACUACGACACUUGCUGCCCUUCCCAAGUGCUCCAACAGAUCGAAAGGACUAUCGGCGAUUUACCGGACGGCUGGGCGGAUGUGCUCUUCGACGAAGAUGGAUGGCCAACAACGGCAAAUUCAACAUCUGGAGAAGUGAAUUACUACGGUUUCUCAAGACUGCCAUUGAAGGAAAGGAUAUUUUCCCUAUUGGAUGAGCCACCAUCACUAUACAUGAGCCGCCCCGGUGAACCGAAGAUUCCAACCGAGGACGCUGCACCGCUGCACGUGCCUGAUCAUGGGCCCAUGCGCGUUCCGUACGCCGCGGCCUACAGAUCGAUGAUAUGGAAGCCUACAGCUGUGUGCAUAGACGGGGACUAUCAUACUUCCUACAGCGACGAGAUGGAAGACGCCUUCCGAGGCGCCUUUCCUCGGAUCCGCGAUGAGGAGGCUUCGCUAUUGCUGGAUCUUCUCUCUCGCAUAUUUGUGUAUGAUGCAGCCAGUCGGCCCAGUCUGGAAGAAAUUGCUGCGCACCCUUGGUUUCGGUUUCAUCAUGAGGAGGAAAUGACAAAUGACUCAUUGAGUAUGAAGAAGCAGCGACUCCUCCCCACCAUGUCUAGUCAACCAUCAAGCAACCAGGGGAACCCCGAAAGCAAGCAGGGGAAGGGUCAGGGACAGGGACAAGGAAAGGGUAGCGCAAUCUCUCUAACAAUUUUAAAAGCCGACGCCGACGCCAGCACGACCGCGAUUAAGGGCUCCUCAAGGGCGUCGAGUACGCACGGCGGAUCCUCGGGCACCGGCGGCAAGGGACAGUCUGCAAAGUAA